AUGGUCCAUGGUAGGAUCCACUCCACCCAUGCAGCCUGCUUUCCUUCUCUCUCAUUCUCCCUUCCCCCCUGCCUCCCACCCACCCUGCCUCCUCCUCUCAAUCGCACCAACCUCCUCCUCUCUUUUGCACCAACCUCUCUCCCUCUCUCUCUCUCUUACGCCAACCUCCUCCUCUCUCUUACGCUAACCUCUUCCUCUCUCUUGCGCCAACCUCCUCCUCUCUCUUGCGCCAACCUCCUCCUCUCUCUUGCGCCAACCUCCUCCUCUCUCUUGCGCCAACCUCCUCCUCUCUCUUGCGCCAACCUCCUCCUCUCUCUUGCGCCAACCUCCUCCUCUCUCUUGCGCCAACCUCCUCCUCUCUCUUGCGCCAACCUCUUCCUCUCUCUUGCGCCAACCUCCUCCUCUCUCUUGCGCCAACCUCUUCCUCUCUCUUGCGCCAACCUCCUCCUCUCUCUUGCGCCAACCUCUUCCUCUCUCUUGCGCCAACCUCCUCCUCUCUCUUGCGCCAACCUCCUCCUCUCUCUUGCGCCAGGGCCCCCCACGUAUGGCAGGUGCUGCUGCGGCUUUGGUGCCGCACAGCCGGGGCAGCGCAUAAAGGAGGGCAUAAUGGAGCGCAGUAACCCCAGGGGGCGGGGCAGGUUAGCAGGGGAGGCGGAGGUUAGGGAGAGAGGUGGCAGGGAUCCUCCUAUCCCCGACGAGCAGGCAGUGGUGAUGUACGAAGAGGGGCCAGACGAGUUUGACAUCAAUGCACCUCCCUUUGAGAGGCGAGAUGGGUUCGAAUGGGUGCAGAUGGUUCCUCCCCGCCCCUCUCCCCUCUCUCCCACAGACGAGCAGGCAGUGGUGAUGCACGAGGAGGGGCCGGACGAGGUUGACAUGGAUGCACCUCCCCCAUACAACCUGGCCUUGUGCUCCUAUCUCGUGUACCGCCUCCUCAACCCAAAGACCGUCCAGGAAUGGCUACAGUCCCCCUCCUUUCUGUCCCCCUACUCUCAGUCCCCCGUCUCUCUGUCCCCCGUUCUCUCUGUCCCCCUUCCCUCUGUCCCCCUUCUCUCUGCCCCCCUUCUCUCUGUCCCCCUUCUCUCUGUCCACCUUCUUUUUGUCCCCCUUCUCUCUGUCCCUGUUCCCUCUGUUCCCGUUCUCUCUGUCCCCAUUCUCUCUGUCCCCCUUCUCUCUGUCCCCCUUCCCUCUGUCCCCCUACUCUCAGUCCCCCGUCUCUCUGUCCCCCGUUCUCUCUGUCCCCCUUCCCUCUAUCCCCCUUCUCUCUGCCCCCCUUCUCUCUGUCCCCCUUCUCUCUGUCCACCUUCUUUUUGUCUCCCUUCUCUCUGUCCCUGUUCCCUCUGUUCCCGUUCUCUCUGUCCCCCUUCUCUCUGUCCCCCUUCUCUCUGCCCCCCUUCUCUCUGUCCCCCUUCUCUCUGUCCCCCUUCUCUCUGUCCCCCUUCUCUCUGUCCCCCUUCUCUCUGUCCCCCUUCUCUCUGUCCCCCUUCUCUUUGUCCCCCUUCUCUUUGUCCCCCUUCUCUUUGUCCCCCUUCUCUUUGUCCCCCUUCUCUUUGUCCCCCUUCUCUUUGUCCCCCUUCUCUUUGUCCCCCUUCUCUUUGUCCCCCUUCUCUUUGUCCCCCUUCUCUUUGUCCCCCUUCUCUUUGUCCCCCUUCUCUUUGUCCCCCUUCUCUUUGUCCCCCUUCUCUCUGUCCCCCUUCUCUUCGUCCCCCAUCCGGCGAUCCCUCUUCUCCGUGCUCCCCUUCUCCUCGGUUCCCCUUCUCCAUCUCCCCCUACUUCAUAUCCCCCUACUCCCUAAUUUUCUUCUCCUCUGCUCUGCGUCCCCAUCCUCUCUGUCCCCCUUCUCUCUCUCCCCGUUCUCCUUGUCCCCCGUCUCCCUGUCCCUCGUCUUCCUCACCCCCUUCCCCGCUGACCUAUCCCCUACUACAACCCACCCUCUGCCCUGCUUUCCCUCACCCUCUCUACUAUUUCCCCCCACCCUGUUUUGCUUUCCCUCACCGCACGCGAGAUGUGUGGCAACCGUCGGCAGGCCCAGCGCCUCCACACCUCCACCCUCAACCGAGAACAAUGCACUGGCGUGGAUGGAGCCCGGGGGUUGUCCACCUCCAACACCACCUGUUGGCUCGUGCUCCACACGAGGGCACUCAAUUUUGA